ACGUCAGUAACAUGAUCGUUUUUCUAAUUACCAGCGAUGUUGAAGAACUUGGUUGACAGUUGCAUCUUUCCUCGCAAAUGAAAUGGUCUUUCUUGACUAUACAGUGAAACACGUAAACUUAAAGUAUUACCCGUAUUGGACAUCAUAAGAAUCGCACAGCACCGUCGUGGUCGAACGAUCACCCGCAGUCAAUGAACAAGUUGUGAGAGCUCCGUUGAAUAGGUCCCAGUUCGCUGGAUUGCAUCAAACUCUGAAAUACGCAUCACAACUGGAGCGAAUUCAAAUAACAGAAUCCAUCUGACUGUCCGUGCGUCCGCUGUACUGGCACGGAGGGCUGUGCAGAUCAGUCACUGUCCGGGCUCUGCUCUGUAUCUUUGCUUACUCAAGCUUAUGGCUUGGAGGCGUGGUUUUGAAGGCGCUGCGUGGUCCAGAAUCUGGUUUUCCCUGCUGAAUUGUUCUUCUGUUCUGCUGAACAGAGGGUGGUGGGGGUGUGGAACGAGCUGGCCAGUCGUGCUGUCCAAGGUCACACUGUAGCACCUUUCAUGAAACAGCUGGAUGGGAUCCUGGGAUCAAUGAGGGCCUGCCAUGCCGAGCUCCCUGCUGUGGGCGGUGGACGUGUUCGGCCGCGUGUUCCACCUGUCCACUGCGGGGCGCUGCUGGGAGCUGUGCAAGGACGUGCAGCUGGAGUUCAAGCGCGUCUCCGCGGCGCAGCAGUGCAGCUGGGGCAUCGCCUGCGACCAUCAGGUCUACCUGUACGUGCACUCCAGCGACGUGCCCAUUCGCUACCAGGAGGAGACCUAUGAGAACCAGCGCUGGAACCCUGUGGACGGGUUCUGCGACCGGCUGCUGCCCAGCGACCGCUGGCAGUGGAGCGACGCAUCGGGCCUGCAGCACCAGCCCCUGGGCGGGUUCCAGCCGCCCUCCGAGCACUGGGAGUGGGAGGCCGACUGGUUCGUGGACGAGAACUUCGGAGGAGAGCCCACCGAGAAGGCGGGCUGGACGUACGCCAUCGAUUUCCCGGCCACCUACACGAAAGACAAGAAGUGGAACUCCUGCGUCCGGCGCCGGCGCUGGAUCCGAUACAGGAGGUACAAGUCGGUGGACACCUGGGCCAAGAUCCCCUCAGAAGAGACCGGGCCUCUGCCAGACCCCUUCAAUGACAUCAGCUGCGGAGGCUGGGAGAUCAGUGAGGAGCCGCAGGGGCGUCUCUCUCUGUGGGCCGUGUCCCUGCAGGGCAAGGUCUGGUUCAGGGAUGGCAUCUGCCACCUCAAUCCCGAGGGCACCAGCUGGACAGAGGUCGUGACCCCUGGGGAAGUGGUGCAGAUCAGCUGUGGGCCGGGGGAUCUGGUGUGGGCUGUGCUCUGGGAGGGGCAGCUGCUGGUCAGGGAGGGCAUCGGCCGGGACAACCCCAAAGGCAGCUCCUGGGUGACUGUGGAUUCUCCCAGCCCGGAAGUGGGUGCUAUUCAUGUGUCCGUGGGCGUGAACGUUGUGUGGGCUGUGACCAAGGACCGCAAGGUGUGGUUCCGGCGCGGAGUGAACUCCCACAAUCCCUGCGGCUCGGGCUGGAUUGGCAUGGUGGGAGAAAUGGUGAUGGUGAACGUGGGGCUCAAUGACCAGGUGUGGGGGAUCGGCGGGGAGGACCGCGCGGUGUAUUUCCGCCAGGGGGUCACGGCCAGCGAGCUCAGCGGGAAGACGUGGAGGGCGGUGACCGCGCCCCGGGACGGAGACAGGUCCCACUCCAGCAGCGCCAGCAGCCUGGCGAGUGCCGGCUGCUUCUUUGGCGGCGAGGUGAGGCUGCCGCCGCGGGGCCCGGGGACGAGCGAGGCCGAGGCCGCCCUGGAGGCGGGGAAGCUGGCCCAGCCUGCCUCCCCGGAGUGGGACGAGCCCGCCCAGAGCCACGUGCCCAAGGUGACGAGCGACAGCUUCAUCUCCGAGCUGGUCUCCGACAAGGGGCGCCCUGAGGCCAGCCAGGACCCAGGCUCCCCGAGCCAGGAGGCCAGCCGGGACCCCCAGUGGAGCAACGUGGACCUGGAGGAGGCACAGACGGACCUGGCCGCCGCCUCCACCUCCGACGCGGCCGACAGCUCCAGCCUGUCCUCCAUCGCCACGUACAACCUGGGGCUGGAGGGGCCGUACGGGGCGGACGAGCACCCCCUGUGGGCCUGGGUGACGGCGGGGGGCUGCGCGGUGGACGCCCACACACAGCUCAGCUGGUUCAGCUCCCCCGCAGGGAUGUCGUCUUCUGCGCAGUGCAUGUCUCUGUCCAUCACCCCUGCUCAGACAGCUGCCUGGCGCAAGCAGAUCUUCGAGCAGCUCAGUGAGAGGUCGAAGAGAGAGAUGGAGAAUUUCCAGCACUAUGAGCAAGCCAUCGAGCAGUCUGUGUGGGUGAAGAAGGGCACCAUGCAGUGGUGGAGGGACUGGAAGCCCCACAAGUGGGUGGACGUGCGCAUCACUCUGGAGCAGUUCUCCAGCACCGACGGCAACAGAGACGGCAUCCUCUUCAUCUACUACACCUUCAAUGAGGAGAAGAAGUACCUCCAUGUGUUCAUAAACGAGGUGACGAUCCUGGUGCCUGUCCAGAGCGACACCAAGCACACCUUCGCCAUCUACACCGCGGAGAGGACCAGGCAGAGGUGGCCCAUUCGGCUGGCUGCUCCCACCGAGCAGGAGAUGCGUGACUGGCUGGCUCUGCUGAGCAAGUCCUCCUGCGACUCCCGUGGGGUGCAAGGCCCCCCCUCGAAGCAGGCCGUCUGGUCCACCACCUGCAAGGGGGACGUCUUCGUCAGCGAGCCGUCCCCCAGCCUGGAGGCCUCGCCCUACCCCGCGCCCUGCGACCAGAUGUUAUGGCGACAGGUCGGGGGGCACCUGAGGUUGGUGGAGUGUAACAGCCUGGGCAUUGUGUGGGGCAUCGGGUACGACCACACCGCCUGGGUCCACACAGACGGCUACGGGGGAGGCUUCUUUCAGGGGCUUCUCAGCAGCACAGACAAUAUCCACACCCAGACUGAUAUCAAAAGUGUUUAUAUCUACGAAAACCAGCGCUGGAAUCCAGUGACUGGCUACAGUAGCAGAGGCCUGCCCACGGACAGGUACAUGUGGAGUGACGCGUCGGGAUUGCAGGAGUGCACCAAGGACAACACCAAGCCUCCGUCUCCCCAGUGGGCGUGGGUGUCUGAGUGGACCAUCGACUACGGCGUUCCGGGCGGGACAGACCGGGAGGGCUGGCAGUACGCAGCGGAUUUUCCAGCGACCUUUCAUGGAUACAAAACCAUGAAGGACUUUGUGAGACGCAGGCGAUGGGCAAGGAAGUGUAAGAUCACAACGACGGGCCCCUGGAAGGAAGUCCCGCCCCUCCCGCUGUGGGACGUCACCCUCCUGCCCUGCUCGUCCCAGGGCGGCGCGGAGCAGGUCUCGCUCUGGGCGAUCAGCAAGAAGGGCGACGUCCUGUGCCGCCUCGGAGUCACCCCACAGAACGCAGCGGGAACCUCCUGGCUUCACGUGGGCACAGAUCAGCCUUUCAAGUCCAUCUCGGUGGGCGGAGGCUACCAGGUGUGGGCCAUCGCCAGGGACGGGUCCGCUUUCUACCGCGGCUCGGUGUCUGCUCAGAACCCUGCGGGGGACUGCUGGUACCAUAUCCCCCCUCCAGCCCGGCAGAAGCUGAAGCAGGUGUCAGUGGGGCGCACGUCGGUGUACACCGUGGACGAGAACGGUAACCUGUGGUACAGGCAGGGCCUGACCCCCAGUUACCCCCAGGGCUCGUCAUGGGAGCACAUCUCCAACAACGUGCGCAAGGUCUCCGUGGGACCCCUGGACCAGGUCUGGAUAAUCGCGGACAAAGUUCAAGGCAGCCACAGCCUGAGCUGCGGUACCGUCUGUCACCGGGUCGGGGUCCAGCCUAUGGAGCCUAAGGGCCAGUCGUGGGACUAUGGGAUUGGAGGUGGGUGGGACCACAUUUCGGUGAGGGGGAACUCCCAGGAUGCGCCGAGGAUCGUCAUCCCUUCGGCAGCGCAGGCGGCUGCAGGCAGGCCCAGCGGGAACAGGGCCCAGCUGCAGCUGAAGGAGCAGGAGGAAAUGAACGGAAACGCAGUCAGCUGCUAGUCUCAGUAUUGUAGCUCUUAGUCUGUGCAGCUCGAGGUAACACCCCUCUCCCCUCUUUCCCUGGGUACCUGACAUCUUCCGCCGGUGAUGUUCUGUUGCUCCUGACAGAUCCCUGUCCUUCUGAUCCUAUCCUGCCCUCUGUCCUUAUACCCUCCUUUCCCAAUUUCUCUUCUUUCCCAAGACUUUUUUAUGGUUUUAUUUGUUGAUUUUCUGUUUUUACCCUUUUCCUCACAGAGAGACUGAAAUAACUUUUAAAAAGUUGUGCGAACCCCAUCGUUUGCUGUCGAGAUCAGUUUUUUUCUCUGUCUGAAGUUAGCCUUGUGUUUAUUUAUUGACGUUAUUUUGUUUGCUUUGAGAGAGCGUGUUGUUGUCUGUCCCUUUGGAAACUACGGGGUGUCUGUCAGUCGAACCUUUAGACUAACAACAGUGUGGUGCCGGAAUCGAUGUAGCAACAUUUCAGGUAGCUCGGGUUUAAGACAGCCAGCUCCGUUCACACUCCAGUGAUGAAAUACGUCUGCAGUUUCCUGACAAUCAAACUGAGGGCAGGAACACAUUUUUAAAGAAUCACUUUGAGUUUUGGUUUUUAAAUAGGAGGGUGGGAUUUUUUUACGUUUUUUCUUUUUUUUAAAUAAUUCUAAAUGUGAUGCCUAACAGAGCCCAGCUGUACAACUACCAGAUGAGUCGACACAUCAGGGAAAAAGAGACUAAACGUUUAGCUGUACAUUCCUGUGGACUUCACCUCUGACUAGGUCUGCGCCCGUUGAACUCCUCCUUCAGGUGCAGCACGCAGUCGUGAUUUCCAGAUCACAGCCUUUUCUUCCUCCUCCAGAGUGAGUUACUACCUACUCCUUUUCCACAAUGCAUUUUUGUCCAGGUCACCCCCCCCCCACUGUGGGGAACAGGCAGUAGCAUCAACUGUCACGUUAGCUUUUCGCAUAAAAAAACGAGCAAAUAUUUGUAUGGAAAAACAGAACAGGGUGUCAAGCAGCUGGUUCGAAAGAUGUGGUUAUCUGUAUGCUGGUGAAUGUGCUUGCACUGGGCACCACACAUGGAAAUGAGAGAAGAACAACGCUAGACCUGGUGUAGCAGCAGGGAUCCCCCUUUCUCAGUCUCAGGAACUCCUCUUCUCACCACAUCGCAAGUCUGAGUGCGCUGAUCCAGAACUACGUGUGUGUGUGUGUAGAGACAAACAGAGUCUGUGUGUUCUAAGGGUUUUCAAAGACAAAGACUUGUUUAUUUUCAUUUUAAUGCGUUUUUGUCUUAAUUAAUUACAUUAAGACCACAGUUCCCCAAAAGCACUUUAGUAUCAUCGAUGCAAGGGAUAAAAUAACUUAAGUUUGCUUCAAACGUGCACGUAGAAGUUGAAUUUAGGAAAGUCAAAAUCCUGCAUUUCAGACAUUAACCAAAAUAUUCCAAGAAAGAAAAUGCCCCUCCAGCAUUAGGUGUCUGUUUCAGAGAGAGCUGUUUAGGUUCAAAUCUAAAAUCACAUGAGAUAGUGUGAGAAUUUUAAAUGUGGAUGUGCAACUUUAUACAAUAUACCGUAUUUUAAAGACGUGGUUACCAAGUACCACUGCUUGUAAGCACUGAUGCAUCUAUAGUGAGCUCGGGGCGGACAGUGGAAAUCCGACUGCAUUUCAGUUACUGUACAUCAGAUUGUUUCAUAGCGAUAUCUGUUGCAUUCCAAUCAAUGAUACCAUGAGCUUGGUUCCCCUUGUGGUUCUGUUUGUAAGCUAAAACAAGUCACAAUGAUUUUUCAGACUGUUAUCACUAAAGAGAAUAAUCAGAUACAGCAAACGGAUGUAUACUGGUGCUGUAAUAUGUGCACAGACUGUCCCCAGGAACCUGCAUGGAUAAUAUGUGCUUAAUAAAUGUUUUAUUGUUUAAGCCGUGGGUCUUGCUGUGGUCUCUGAGUGUUCAGUCCCAGCAGAGGCUUCUGAGUAGCUUGCAGACCAAAUGUACAGGAGCCAUUGUAAAAGCUGUCUGUGACCUCAUGAUUACACAGGACAUUUACUUACACCAAGCAGGACAGCAAGCUGAGUAAUAUAUACAUAAUGUGGAUGCUAUUUUUUUUGUUCUGCAAAAAACAACUGCUGGUAACCAAAAAACAUUUGAUCAAUUUUUAUUUUACAGUAUUUCACCAUGUAAAUGCCAAAAGAUGUACACAGAACAUUUAAAAUAAAUGGCACAGGUUAAUUCACUAGUAUUUUAGGGUUUCUUAGGCUUGUUAUGAAUUCCAUUCAAAUACUGUUUCUAUUUUCUAGCGUUUGCCUUUGAGGUCUUUUGGGGAGUGUCCAUGAUUAGCCCAGCGUGGUAUCUCGGCAGAGACAACUGUAAUUGAACUCAUUUACAUGAAGCUGUUUAAACAGGGUCAAGAACCUUGACGGCUCAUGACCGUGGUUCUUCAGACAUGGUGAUGUGUGUGUGGAAAUCAUUCAGGAUCAUUUUAGCACAACACAAAUCUACAGCGUGAUUCCCAUACAAGUACAGAGAGAGAAAGCAGUCACAUAAUGUAAGUCCUUAAGCUUUUCAAUAUUAAACAUCCCAUCUUUAGACCAUUUUAUGCACUCCAAAAUGUAUCUAGCAAUUCCAGAAACAGACAUAUACUACAGAUAGCUCUGAUAGCUCCAGAAUACGAGGCUUAAAGACUAUAACAUGGAUUUUUAAAUAAAUUACCAUUGUUUCAUUUGGGUAUGAUGGCAUGUGCUACAAUCAGUCCAUCCUGCUUCAUCGCUGAAUUAAAAUCAUCUACCUUGAAGCAGUACUCCAUGCUUGCCUUCAAAGGAUUAACGUUUUUCACUCGCAUGCCAAAACCACUGCUAACAGCCGGAAAAACACCCCCUAAAAAAAGCAAGAAACAGCACGGCGACCUAGAACACCGGCCCAAGGAACAGCACGGCGACCUAGAACUGGCCUAUAAAAUGGACAGUUUAAAAGGCACAAACAUCUUGAGAUCUAUAAAAAUGCACACAUGUACAACACUCCACUGGAAUGGUGAAUUCCAUAAAUACAGUGACCUAAUAGUCCAAAACCGAUUUCACUCAACUUGCAUUUAAUGCUUACAGGAAAAUUAUUAAAAUGCAGAAACUGGUUAAUUUGAGUUACAGAACACACCCUACUUUCUGGGCCUGUGUCAGCCAGUGAAAGCCAGUUAAGGUUAAUACACAAGCCUAAGCAACAUAUAACAAAAUGUGCUGAAAGAUUCCAGGGAACAUGUUUUCAUUGCACCUGAGAUCUUCACGGCCUACAUGAGCUCAAGUGGUGCAACUGCUCAGGUUUUCAAUGGCUGAUAAAGAAACCUUCACCAUACAAUCAGCAAUUUACAAGAAAAUAAUUUCAGAUGCAUAGAGCAUCUCUGGAACUAAUAGAUGUUUAAAGAAGAGUCUAUAAAACACUUAUAACAGGUUUUCACAGCUGUGAUUCAAUUAGUGGCUGUCAGAUCUCCUUCAGAUCAUCCCAGAUGCCUGCUGCUUUAACGAUGUUGCCAAAUUACAAAUUUAGUUGGGGUGGUGUUUUUUUUUCUUUUUGAAGCCACUAGCUUGUACAUUUGAUAGGAACAGGAAAAUGAGCUCUAAGUGGUAAAGCAUUUCUAAAUCUUUACAAAUAACUGCAUCAGGUCAACUUUCUUCAAAUCUGUGGAGAGUUUUGACAAAA